GACAUUUGGACCCAAAAAGAUUAAAUUACCCCUUCUUUAUUAUAAAAACCAUUACUAAUUUCAUGGAUCCAAGGUAAGGAACAAGAAGUAGCUUACCCUAGAUAUCAAGUUCUCUUGUCUUCUACAGUAUCCAUCUCUCCCAAUCUUUCAAAUUCCUUUCGCAAAAUCUUUAGAGAACUAAAAAAACAAGCAAGAAAGAAAAUGGCAUUAAGUAAUAAUGUCAUAGGGUGCAUCAACUUUGUAGCCAUGCUAUUGUCAAUUCCAGUGAUUGGUGCUGGAAUUUGGCUAGCAAUGGAGACUGACAACUCUUGUGUCAAGAUUCUACAAUGGCCAGUUAUUAUCUUAGGAGUUGUCAUUUUAGUUGUCGCUCUUGCUGGUUUUAUUGGAGGGUUUUGGAGGAUUCCAGCACUUCUCAUUUUCUACCUCAUUGCUAUGCUCAUUCUCAUAGUUUUGCUUGCCUGUUUGGUGGUUUUUAUUUACAUGGUCACUAUUAGAGGUUCAGGCCAUAUGGAACCAAGUAGGGCUUAUUUGGAAUAUCAUCUUGAUGACUAUUCUGGCUGGCUUAGAAGGAGAGUUCAAAGUUCUUACAAAUGGGAUAGAAUAAGAAGUUGCCUUAGCUCCACAACAAUGUGUGCUCAGUUGAAUCAAAGUUAUCGCAUGGCUCAAGAUUUCUUUAAUGCUCCUCUUAGCCCUUUGCAGUCAGGGUGCUGUAAGCCACCAACACAAUGUGGGUACACAUUUGUGAACCCAACAUAUUGGAUUAGCCCUAUAAACAAUGUUGCAGAUAUGGAUUGCUUGCAAUGGAACAAUGAUCAAACACAACUUUGCUACUCUUGUGAUUCUUGCAAAGCUGGAUUGUUAGCUAAUUUGAAGAAAGAAUGGAGGAGGGCAGAUAUAAUUCUGCUCAUAACUCUUGUUGGAUUGAUUUGGGUUUAUUUAAUUGGGUGCUGUGCUUUUAGAAAUGCCAAAACUGAUGAAAUAUUCCGCAAGUACAAGCAAGGUUAUGCCGAUACUUAAGCUGAAUUAAUGAAAAGAGACCGAUUUAGGGUUUUGAGUCAGUGAAUCCAGAAUUAACCUGAUCAUAUUUAGUGUAUACUAUCUAAGGAUUUUUUGCAUUAGUAUACAUAAUUCAAGUUAAAACAAUGAAUUCAGUUGAACUCAUAAAACUCGCCUUAAAUUCAGUCUAUAUUGAUGGGCAAGCGGGUUAUUUAAGUUUGAUGUAUUAGAAGAAUAGCACCCUAUCAUUCCAGGGUAGGGGUAAGGCUGCGUACAUCCUAUCCUUUUCAGACCCCACUUGAUGGAAUUAUACUGGGUAGUUGUUGUUGUUGUUGUAUUGGAAAGAGCUAGUGAAAUAUGUGAAACUUCUGUUGGGUGAUUUUAGUUCUGUAUUGAGUUUGUAAAACGUGACAAGACUGGAUAUUGGGACUCACUAAUUAAGAUU